AAUUGAAUACGAUUGCAACUUGAUGGCCUAAAUUUGGUGCAUUACGUAAUCUUCGUGGUGUUUUAUAUAUAUAUAUAUAGUAACACAAGCACUGCCCAUUAUCUGUGCCCGCAUUAGAAAGAGACGACAAUAGUGCAUUUGCUAUUUGGCGUUGCCAUAUAGUUGAGAUUUAUUUGAAUUAUGCCACGAAUAGUGCCAUUGCAGUUGUUGAAGUGCCUUCGGGUGCUUCUGGACACCAAUGGUGGUAUACUAAGCGCAACGGAAGUGAAGCGGAUAGCGGGGUUGAUGACAAAAUAUUCAAAAAAAUUGGUUUCGAAAUGCGUUUAUGUGCAAAUCUUGAAGUCAACCAAAACCGAACUGCUUGGCGAUUUUAUGACUGUGGGUGGCUGGGGCUUAGUCUGCACUUGGCUAGGCGAUGCCAUACGGACAAUGAAUUGGCCACUUGUACAGGAGAUUUUGGAACUUUUACUCCUUUCCCCGGUAGAUGUAAAUAGAUUAAAGAUUAACUCGGCACCGAUACUUGUUAAGGGGCUGUGCAAGGAUGGGGGCAAUGAAGGUGUUCGAAUUUUGGCGAAACGACUUGUUGAGCAGUGGCUAAAGAUUGUUACGGAAAAUCCAGGCGGCACAACUGCAACCGGUUCGUCUGGGAGUGCAGCUGAGUCGAUGCAGUCAACCAGCAAGGAGUCAUCCUCGGCCGCCGAGCUAAAGGACUCAAAUAUGGAGAACAGCUCAUCGGACAGCACGGACAGUGGAUGUGGUGGAUCGGUUACACAGAACUACAGGAUCAUUUCGGCAGAGCGCAAGCGCGCUAUAGUAUUAACAAUCAAAACAGUUGACAAGUCGUCGGCGUCGACAUUAGCAUCUACACAUAGUGUAUAUAACGAUGACGAUAGUUCCUUGCCACCAUCUGAGGCUGGCUCCGAUUCCAGAGGGACGGAGUCCAAUGCCAAUUUAGAUUGUUCAGAUAAAUCGAAUUUAGAUGAUAGUUGUACAACAGAUUCGAAGGUGGGGGAUGAGGCCGAUAAAAAGCAUAAAAACGCACGCGGCGACAAGAGUAACAAGAGAUCUGAGAAAGACCGUGAAAAGGACAGGAAAUCAUCGUCCAGUAGUCACAGAUCCUCUUCAUCUAGCCAUAAGUCGUCGUCGUCCUCUUCUUCCAAGGGCUCCUCGAAAAGUUCUUCAUCUUCGUCCCAUCGCAGUUCCAGCUCCGAUAAGCAUCGCGAUAAGGACAAGGUGCGCUCAGGUUCAAGCUCAAGCAAAGAGAAGGAUCGCAAGGACGGUGGUGGUUCUAGUUCCUCAUCCUCAUCAAGCAAGCACAAAUCUUCCAAAUCCUCAAACUCCUCGUCCUCUUCGUCUAACUCUAGUACAUCCUCCAAAGAUCGUAGUCGCGAUAAGGAUAAAGAAAAAUCAACCACAACAACAACGGUUGUAAAAAAAGAGAAUGAAAAAGACAAUAAGCUGAUGCCACCACCGCCAGCGUCUUUACCUGACAAGAAAUCCAAAGAAGGCACAGAAACUGCCGAUGUACAAUCCAAACCCAAAUCAAUACCCAUACCCAAUCGCAAGGCUUCGAUAUCGAUAGAGAUACGUCGAGACACCGAAAAGACAUCAACGGUCAAGACGUAUCAAUCGAAAUUUCGUUCACAUGGCCUAACCGAAGAGGCGCCACCGCCGCCCUCACGGAAAGGCUUGAAGAAGCCCACGUCCACAGCGUUGCCAUCAGCCAACUCGGCGGGAGCAGCAGUAACAUCAUCGAUGCUGCCCAUAUCCAGUGGACUGAAGCGCCUCUCACCGCCGCCCAGGGAGACGCCUGCCGAGAAGAAGCCUAAAAUUGAUAUGACCCACGUGAGCGGACAUGUGGAACGUCCUGGAUCUGCGAAAUUAAUAGCGCCCAAAAAGAUUGCGACACUGGUGGAAACGAAUCUCUUCUCGGAUGCGCUGGCGGCAUCCAUAGAGCCCAAGAAGGUAGUGAAGCGCAAGCGGCUGAAUACUGCAUCAUCACCCACUGAGAAGGAUGCGCCACUGGCGCCACUUAAAUUCUACCAAGACACGCUGGAUGAGUCGAAGGGCGAGGACAAGUCGGAUGAUAGCACCAAGGAGAACGAUGAGAGCCGUACGGCAUCUCCCGGCAAGGAUACCGACGCUGACGAUGAUGAUAUACCAUUGAAGAAGGUCAAGGAGGAUAUUGAACAGAAGGUGCAAAGGGAAAAGUCGACGGCAGAGAACGCCGAUGGUGGCGAAAGUCCCGAGGAAGAUGACACGCCCGAGGAGCCCAAGAAGCCGGGACCUGGUUGUGGUCCCGAUGGACCACCCGGUGUGCUGAUGCUGCAUCGACGCAAGGGUCCCAAGAAGAAGCUCACCUGGCAGCCGGAGGAGAAACUGACACAGGUCCGUUACUUCGAAGUGGAUCGCUCGGAGCGCGUGAACGUGACAAAGCAGAGCUUCCUCGAAAUGAAGAAUAUGGAGCGCUACAGCGAGCGGGAUGCCUUAAAUAUAUCACGUCGUGGUUUCGAUGACAACAUGGAGCCACAAAUGGAAUGGCGUCCUCUCAUCGAGGUGGACAAUGUGCCCGAUCAUCCCAACGGCAAUCUGUCCAAGCAGCGCAUAGUCCAGGCGGAACGUGAGGCGACCACCUUGCGUGCGCUCUACUUCUCACCGGAUAUGAUUCCCGAUAGUGGCGCCGAAGCGGAGCUGGAGCCCCAUUUUCCGCACGACAUUCCGAUCAUACCAAUUGAUGAUCUCACUGGCAAUCCGGAUGCGGUGAAUGACUACAGCACGCAGGCGUGGCCGGAGCCGAAGGGCUAUGUUGUCGCCGGCAACGAGAUGGGUUUCAGUGAUGGCAUGAACAAUGUGAUGCCUGGAUUGAAUCCCAACCUGUUGCCCGCCAAUCCCUUCCAGCCGUUUGGCAAAAACGGUUUCGUACCGAACGCACCGAAUAUGCCCCCAAAUACCAAACCACCAAUGCCAAUGAAUAUGGCACAGGCGGGCCCGCCGCCCAUUUGGCAGAAUCAGAUGCCGGGCGGUCCGAUGAUGCCGCCGAUGAAUGGACCACCAGCCGGCAUGGUGGAUAUGAAUGGACCCAUGCCGCCCAACUUUCAAUUUGGCAGUCCGAGCGGUAUGUUUGGUGCGCCGCCCAAUUUCAAUGCCAUGAACUAUCCGCCAAUGAUGAUGAAUGGACCGGGACCGGGUCCGGGACCCGGCCCGCUGCCCAAUGGUCCCAUGAUUAACGGACCGAUGCCCAAUGGCCCGAUGGGACCCAUGACGAAUGGCAUCGGUGCGCGCAACAACAACAAUCGCAAGAACAACAUUGCUGGCGGAGGUGGUGGCAACUGGCGCAGCGGUGGCAAUAAUUUCCAGGACAACUCCGGCGGCAAUUGGCGCUCAGCGGGCUCUGGCUCCAAUCGUGGCGGUGGCAACAACAACAACAACACUGGCAUUUGCAAGCAAUUCAUGCGAGGACAUUGCCACAUGGGCAAGUCCUGCAAGUAUGUGCAUCCGCAAAAGAAGAGAUUGUAGGACUCACCCGAAUCUUCCGAGGAAGAUUCGACAGUAUAGAUCACACACACACACACACACACACAUAAACAACAAUAAACACACAAACACAAAUCUCUGCGAUAUGGAGUGUGAUCCUUAAUUAGUUUAACAUUGAGAUAAAGGAUCACAUGCCACGCUGCCACCAACAGCCAUUGAAGACUGCAGCCAUGAGGAGCAAUUGCCUCUUUGCCGGCGCCCAACAAUUAGUUUUACAUUGUAUAUAUAAAUGUAGAUACACAUUUACGGUAUAUUAUUGAUAUAUAGUCAUGUACAAAUGUCAUUUACUUAACAUGCACUCAGAUACACCCACAGCACACAUACGAAACACACACACUAAACACACACCACAUACAAACACACACAUUUUUAGAUUAUAAAUGUAUAAAUUAGAUAAAAUUCGAUUUAACGAAUUUCACACAAACUACAAUUUAAAAUAUCUUUAAUAUAGUUUGUUAAUAAUAAAGACCAAGUCAUACUAUGAAGAAAAUAUGC